AUGACGACUGAUAUAGAGAAGGCUAAGGUACUCAAUCAGUUCUUUGCCUCAGUUUUCACUGGCAGUCAGGCUUCCCACUUCUCUCAAGUCCCUGAUCCUUUGGAUAGGUAUGGGGGGAGUGAAGCCCCUCCCACUAUAAGUGAAGAGCAGGUUCGGGAUCCCUUGAUGAAGCUGAAUAUUCACAAGUCUAUGGGACCUGAUGAUAUGCAUCCCAGGGUUCUAAGGGAACUGGAUGAUGUUGUUGCCAAGCCACUUUCCUCCAUAUUUGAAAAGUCAUGGUGGUCAGGUGAAAUCCCUGGUGACUGGAAAAGGAAAAAGGGGAGAAAGGAAGACCUGGGGAACUGCAGAGCAGUGAACUUUACCUCUGUGCUUGGGAAGAUCAUGGAGCAGAUCCUCCUAGAAGAUAGGCUAAGGCACAUAAAAGACAAGGAGGUGAACUGAGGCAGCCAGCACAGCUUUACUAAGGGCAAAUCAUGCCUGACUAAUCUGGUGGCCUUCUAUGAUAGAGUGACUGCAACAGUCAACAAGAGGAGACUGACAGAUGUCAUCUAUCUAGACUUCUGUAAGGCCUUCAAUAUGGUCCCACAUGACAUCCUUACGUCCAAAUUUGAGAGAAAUGGAUUCAAUGGAUGGACUUUUCAGUGGAUAAGGAACUGGCUGGAUGGACACAGUCAGAGAGUUGUGGUCAAUGGCUCCAUGUCUAGAUGGAGGCUGGUGACAAGUGGUGUCCCUUAG